AUGAAGGAGGUACAAGAGCACAGCAGUGGUUAUGGCACCAACUUGGAAAUAGCGUGCAAGGAUUGGACGAAGCCUUUAAAAAUGCACUGCAAGAGUUGUGCAUUGGUAACCAGCUCUGGACACCUUCUGGGAAGUAAACAAGGUGAGAGAAUCGACGAGACAGAGUGCGUAAUACGAAUGAAUGAUGCACCUACUCGAGGUUAUGGAAAAGAUGUUGGAAACAAAACAAGCCUUCGAGUCAUUGCACACUCCAGUAUUCAGAGGAUUUUGCGAAAUCGCAACGAACUCUUAAAUAUGAGCCACGGUGCUGUGUUUAUCUUCUGGGGUCCUAGCAGCUACAUGAGGAGAGAUGGUAAAGGCUUGGUGUAUAAUAACCUGCAGCUGAUGAAUCAGAUACUGCCUCAAUUAAAAGCAUAUAUGAUUUCUCGCCACAAGAUGCUUCAAUUUGAUGACCUUUUUAAACGGGAAACUGGGAAAGACAGGAAGAUAUCCAACACUUGGCUUAGCACGGGCUGGUUCACAAUGACUAUCGCAUUAGAGCUCUGUGACAGGAUAAACGUUUAUGGCAUGGUGCCACCGGAUUUCUGCAGGGAUCCUAAUCAUCUUUCAGUACCUUAUCAUUAUUAUGAACCUUUGGGACCUGAUGAAUGCACAAUGUACAUUUCACACGAGCGGGGACGAAAGGGCAGUCAUCAUCGUUUCAUCACAGAGAAACGAGUGUUUGAGAACUGGGCACGGACAUUCAAUAUUCACUUUUUCCAACCAGACUGGAAACCAGAACCCCUCACUGUAAAUCAGCCUGAGAUUAAAUCGGUGGUCUGAGGGAUGAAUGCACAAGACCGCAAUCACAGUCACCUACUGUGUCAGCCCUCAGGGCGCUGGAUCUCCUGGGACAGCAAGGCAACCUAGAGAACGGUAACAGGAUUUGCAGCUGAUAAACUGCAACAGCAGUCAGGAAGUUACGAUGAAGGAGCAGAGCAUAUCAAGAGUACUUUCUGUCAAAGUGUGUAUUAAUCCAGUAUAUAGCCUUUUUUGGCCAUCUGACUUCCUGUAUGUGUAUGUGAUUUGUGAAAAACAACUUCAGUAUCAUUAACGGAUGGUUAAUUCAUUAUGGUUUUUUUAAAGUAUAAUGCCACUGAAUUUUCAUAGUGAAAACUUACAGUAUUUAUUUAAUGGAGGUUUUUAUGCAACCUAGGCCAGUAUUUUUCUAAUUCACAGUUAUGUGGUGGUUUAUCUUUCAUAGUCUUUCAAAUCCAAAAUUAAUAUUGCUGAUGGUUUGAAAGGCCUAGCUUUUUAUUUAUAAAAUUUGUUUGAAAAAUAUGAUUCUAUAUAGCAUGUAAUUAAUAUUUGAUCUGGAAAUGUUGCAUUUCUUUUAAAAAUUUUGGGCUGUGUUCCAGCCUAAAGCCUUUAACAGCAAGAAUGGUCCCAUGUGCAGCUCUAGCUAACUUUACAUUCUGAUAUCUCAUGU